AAACCACUUCUAUGGACGAAGGAGGAUGAUAAAUUGGUGAUCGAGCUGCGGGGCUCAAAUAUGAAGUGGCAUGAAAUUGCAAAAAGAAUACCUGGAAGAACCGAUCUCGCCUGCCGACUACGGUACCAAAACUACCUCGAGAAAGCACACUCUUAUGGCGAAGAGGUAAGAGACAAGUUGGCAAGACUCUAUACUAGUCAAAGUCUUAAACUGUGGCAUGAGAUCGGUGUAAUGGUUGGUAUACCCGCAAAUGCCGCCGAAGAGUUGCACUGGGAGCUUGGACAGCAGGGUAUAAAAGAGCGUGCGAAUAAGCCAAUC